AUGAAAUUGAGAUUUAUAUUGGUUGGAGUAUUUCAGCAGUAUACUCUUUCAUUUAGCGCAAUGAACACAUCAGUUUGUUUUAGAUUCAAUACAGAUAUGAAAAUACAGACAGAAACCCUUGUAAUGUACUAAAUGAAAUCGAUACAGCAAAGGAUAAGACCCAAGAUAUCCCAUAAAAAUUCAGGUUUCCGAAAUUAAAUUGUGGAAAUAAUAGACUUAAUAUCUAUCAAAUUUCGUUAUAUUUUGUUGUUGUUGUUGUAUAUCGAAAACGAAACAAUGUCAGUUCGGCGUAGUCCCGAAAAUAGUUCAAGAUUGGCCAUUGAGUCGGUGCAAUGCUCCAUAUGCAAUGAUACCAACGCCGAGAUAGACUUUGUCGAAACCCCCUGUCAACACCGCUUUCAUCGAACGUGCGUAACUUCCUGGUUACUGCAAAAUGAAACGUGUCCAAAUUGUCGACAACCAUGCUUAUCGUCGCAGCUCAAUGAUAGCACGCGAAGAGCGCAAGACACUACCCUAGAAGUUCCGAGAGUUCAAAACGGAUCCAAUCCAAACUCACGAACAGGCGCCGUUCCUAGAAGUCGUCCGAAUACCAGACCGACCACAAGGUCAACCGCAACCAUAUCCAAUAACCGUCCGAGCACCAGCUCGCAACCUCAGCGUUCACCACGUGCUGGAGGUUCGCAAAGAACGACUAGCAUUUCAGAAGGGAGAAUUCAGGAACUCAUAACGAAUGCAUUAGAAGCAUACCAAACCCAACUCUCUUCAACAUUGUCAGAACAAAUCAGUCUGGCAAUGCAAAACCUUCACAUACCUACCUCUCAAAGACAAUCACUUGAGUGGGAUGUGGAAUUACCGCCAGCCUUACGAUCAUAUAUUCGGUCAGACCAACGGUUGUGGGACUUGUAUAUAGGAAAAAUUAAUUCUGCCUUGAGAAAUAAUAUUCACCAAUCAAUUGGAGAAUCUCCUUACUAUGUAAUCUUUGGCCAGCACAUGCUAACGCAUGGAAAAGAUUAUAAGUUGCUAAGAAACAUCCAUAUGUUGUCAGAAGGAUCCGCAAAGGUUCCUAGAGCAGACGAAUUCCCGAAAAUCCGAGCGGAUAUCGCUAAGAGAUUGAUUAAAGCAUAUGAGAAGAACCGAAAUAACUACGACUUGCGCGCUCGACCUCGAACUUUCGAAGUGGGUCAGGAAGUCAUAAAGAGGAAUUUCGUUCUCAGCAACCAGGCUAUGCAUGUUAACGCAAAACUAGCACCUGUAGGAAUCAAGGCCAGAAUAAAAGAGAAGCGAGGCCAGUCGUUAUAUUUGCUCGAAGACUACUAUGGAAAGGAAUUAGGAGUUUUUCAUGCCAAAGACAUUUGGUGAGGUACCCUUUUUCAGCUUUCAUCUCCUUUCUAUGAGCAGGUCGAUAAAACCUGUGGUGUGAGGGUACGAAUAAAAUUUAAAACAAGACAAAAUAAAUUCUAUAAAAAAAAACGUAAACAAACUUAUUCGAUACGAUAGUCGAUUAGCCUUAUUCGAUAUAAUAAGUCGAUAACAGAUCGCGGUAACAGCGCCUGUUAAGCUGUUAAGGCGAACUAUCUGGCAACUCUGCAAACUGACAAGCUACCCCUCACUAACCCAGGAAAAGUUCUUUUGCGAUCCAGAAUCAAAAGUGAACGGUUGGAGUUAUAGCAAUUAAAAACCCAAGCCAAAUCCACAUCCAAAUCCCACGUGGGAAAAGUUAGUACCCAAAGUGGCACUCAAGUCUUCCACCAAGUGCAGCUGAAUAUUGACCGUGCACGUGCGCAGCCGUUGGCAUCAGCACGCGUGUCUGUGUAUGUGUGUGUGUGUGUCUGAAACAUUCAGGUCAUCCUCAAAACCCCGUAAUAGUGGGCGUAGAGCUACACCGGAGCCUACGACAAACAACGCUUCCCGUCGCGACCCAGAAGUCCACGGCGGAGCCACCGCGUGCCUUGCUGGGUAGACGUUCAGAAACCGCUUUCCUCGAUCAGCUCCUAAACGUGCGCGAAUCCGGACCAGACCCAAGCCACGAUAGGCGAGGAGUUCCCUGGUAGCCGGAGACGUGUGCGUGAUUGGGGCAGCAUAGGAUCAGGAGCGGUGCUGAAACUUUUCGAGGAACGUGGGUGAGGACAUAACCUCACUUUGUGAAGCAGCACCUCGUGUUCGGCAACAUGACCUCGGCCAUGUAAAGGGCAGUUCGGCGAUCGUUGCAGCAAUCAUUUAGAGGCGACUAAAUAACAACAGCAACAACAAGGAGACAUGCGCAAUAAAUUGUGCCAGUAGCAGCGGGUAUUUUUAAGUAGCAUUUAAUUAAAUUUCCUUUUUUGUAAAUUCUAUUGGAUCGAACCAAUACUCAUACUCUUUUCCUGUAGAGCAAAAUAGUUGGCAACAUAUACAUCGAAUCUUCGUAAUUUAAUUUAAAUUUCAUCAAAGCACCCUGCGCUCCAGUCUACAGGCCUGCGGACUUCGAGGGAUUUGGUUUCGUGAGUACAAUAUAGACUCGAUCAUGUAUUAUUGCCGCUCAAAGAAAGCGUAUGAAUAUUUAGGUAUCGUAAUGCAUAAAAUCUACUUUAACUAUUAUUUGACCCAGCUACAUAUAUAUAUAUAUUC